AUCCAUUAUCCUUCUCCUUAAUUUCCCUCCCCAUUUUGUCACCAAUUAAUAUUCACUCCAAUAACAUGGAGUUUGUAACUUGUGCAUUGUUCCUUCUAUUGGCAUGUGCCACCAUUGGUUCAUUCCUUGCAAAAACAACCAGAAAACCAAACCACAAUCUUCCACCAGGGCCUUCACGCCUUCCCAUAAUCGGAAACCUUCUUGAACUCGGGCAAAAUCCACACCAAUCAAUGGCCAAACUUGCCAAGAUUCAUGGCCCUGUGAUGAGCCUCAAGCUAGGAACAGUAACCACUAUAGUCAUCUCCUCUGCAGACAUGGCAAAAGAAGUUCUUGUAACACACGAUGAAUCUUUGUCAAACCGUCCCAUACCACAAUCCGUGUCAGUUCUGAACCACGAGCACUAUAGCCUAGCAUUCUUACCCGUUUCACCCCUUUGGAGAGAGAUGAGAAAAAUAUGCAAUGGCCAACUAUUUGCACACAAGACUCUUGAUGAAAGCCAAGACGUGAGGCGCAAGAUAGUGCAGCAACUCCUUAGUGACGUGCACAAGAGCUGCCAAAUUGGUGAAGCAGUGGAUGUUGGAAGACAAGCAUUCAAGACCACAUUGAAUUUAUUGUCAAACACCAUUUUCUCCGAGGAUUUGGUUCUGUCUAAAGGUACCGCGGGAGAGUUUAAGGACUUGGUGACAAAUAUCACAAAGCUUGUUGGAUCACCAAACAUGGCAGAUUAUUUCCCUGUGCUGAAGAGGAUUGACCCGCAAGGCGCGAAAAGGCAACAAACUAAGAAUGUCGCCAAGGUGUUGGACAUCUUCGAUGGCUUGAUUAGGAAACGGUUGAAGCUGAGGGAAAGCAAAGGUUCUAACACGCACAAUGACAUGUUGGAUGCCUUGCUCGACAUUUCUAAAGAGAACGAGAUGAUGGACAAAACGAUCAUUGAACACCUGGCACAUGAUCUGUUUGUUGCGGGCACGGAUACUACAUCUUCAACAAUUGAAUGGGCAAUGACAGAGGUAGUACUCAACCCAGAGAUCAUGUCAAGGGCAAAAAAAGAACUGGAAGAAGUGAUAGGCAAAGGUAAACCAGUUGAAGAAUCUGAUAUUGGUAAACUCCCUUACUUGCAAGCAAUCAUAAAAGAGACUUUCCGUUUGCACCCCCCGGUUCCUUUCUUACUCCCUAGAAAGGCAGAAAGAGACGUGGACUUGUGUGGCUUCACCAUCCCAAAGGACGCACAAGUUUUAAUUAAUGUGUGGACUAUUGGUAGGGACCCAACCUUGUGGGAAAAUCCAACUUUGUUCUCACCUGAGAGGUUCUUGGGGUCAAACGUUGACAUCAAAGGUCGAAAUUUUGAGCUUGCACCCUUUGGUGCUGGAAGGCGCAUAUGCCCUGGAAUGAUGCUAGCUAUUAGGAUGUUGCUUUUGAUGUUGGGUUCUCUAAUCAACUCCUUUCAAUGGAAGCUUGAAGAUGAAAUUAAACCACAAGAUGUGGACAUGGGAGAAAAAUUUGGAAUUACCUUACAAAAGGCUCAAUCCCUUAGAGUUGUUCCUAUUAACAUAAGCAACUAAUUAUAUAUGCAUGGUGACAAGGAUCACUUGGGUCCUCCAUAUUUCACUGUCCCAUUCUUCAGAAAAGAAAAAAGAGACCUGAUUCACUUAUCUUUUAA